UGAAGAGGUGAGCUGAGCUGAAGGAGAGAGAAAGAAAUAGGUGUUUGACCAAUGAAAAGUAGAGUUCUUAGUAACAUUAACAAAACAGCAACCGAUCUGCUCUCAACUCUUCAUUUUUGUUCCAUUUUCUUAUCUCAAACACCAACAUAUUCACUUCCUAAACAAACACUUUAACCUGUUUUCUUAGCUUUAACUCUCAGAUUCAUUCAUCAAAUCAAAUGAUUUCUCGCUGAUUAGAGAUGAACCCACAUAGAACAUGGUGAGAAAUGAUGUUUUUGAUUAGAUUCAGAAAUGGGGUGUGUUUUGGGGAGAGAGGUAUCCUCAGGCAUCGUAUCUGAAUCUAAGGAGGUUCAAAAUUUGAAUGUUGAAUCUAAUAAUAAUGGGAAAGAAGGUGCUGUUGCUGCCAAAAAGAUUAAUAGUGAGGUUGUAGAGGUUCAAAAUGAUGAGGCCAACCAGAAGAAGGAGGAGAAGAAAGUGGUUGAUGGGGACAAAAAACCAAGGGGGGAGAGGAGAAGGUCAAAGCCAAAUCCAAGGUUGAGUAAUCCACCUAAGCAUUUGCGAGGUGAGCAGGUGGCUGCUGGCUGGCCAUCAUGGCUUACUGCGGUUUGUGGAGAGGCACUAAAUGGGUGGAUUCCACGUAGGGCAGACUCAUUUGAGAAAAUCGAUAAGAUUGGGCAAGGAACGUAUAGCAAUGUGUACAAAGCUAAAGAUAUUUUAACGGGUAAAAUUGUUGCACUAAAGAAAGUUCGCUUUGACAAUUUGGAACCUGAGAGUGUGAAGUUUAUGGCUAGAGAGAUUCUCAUAUUGAGGAGAUUGGAUCAUCCAAAUGUUGUAAAGUUGGAAGGUUUAGUGACUUCAAGGAUGUCAUGUAGUUUGUACCUGGUAUUUCAGUAUAUGGAGCACGAUUUGGCUGGACUUGCAGCGAGCCCAGAAGUAAAGUUUACAGAGCCACAGGUUAAAUGUUACAUGCAUCAACUGCUAUCUGGACUUGAGCACUGUCACAACAACGGUGUGCUUCAUCGGGAUAUUAAAGGGUCAAAUCUUCUAAUUGAUGAUGGUGGAGUACUUAAAAUUGCUGAUUUUGGUUUGGCAUCUUUUUUUGAUCCACACCAUAAGCAUCCCAUGACUAGUCGAGUGGUUACUCUAUGGUAUCGGCCUCCUGAGCUGCUUCUUGGGGCCACUGACUAUGGUGUGGGUGUGGAUCUCUGGAGUGCUGGUUGCAUUUUGGCUGAGCUAUUGGCUGGGAAGCCCAUUAUGCCGGGUCGUACUGAGGUAGAGCAGCUACAUAAAAUAUAUAAGCUAUGUGGUUCACCAUCAGAUGAUUACUGGAAAAAGUCUAAGUUGCCAAAUGCAACCUUAUUUAAGCCACGAGAGCCCUAAAAAAGAAGCAUACGAGAGACAUUUAAAGAUUUUCCUCCAUCCUCACUGCCUCUGAUUGAAACACUUCUUGCAAUUGACCCAUUGGAACGUCAGACAGCCACAGCUGCAUUAAGAAGCGAAUUCUUCACCACGGAACCUUUUGCUUGUGAACCUUCUAGUCUCCCUAAAUAUCCCCCAAGUAAGGAGAUGGAUGCUAAACGACGAGAUGAUGAAGCUAGGAGACUAAGAGCUGCCAGUAAAGCCCAAGUUGAUGGUGCAAAGAAGACAAGAACACGUGAUCGUGCUGUUCGGGCAAUCCCUGCUCCAGAGGCUAAUGCAGAACUUCAGUCUAAUCUUGAUAGGAGGCGCAUGAUCACGCAUGCAAAUGCAAAGAGCAAGAGUGAGAAGUUUCCUCCACCACAUCAGGACGGAGCACUUGGCUUUCCCUUGGGAUCAUCACGUCAUAUGGACAUUUCCUUUGUUCCUCCAGAUGUUCCAUUCAGCACCACCUCGCUCAAUUACUCAAAAGAACCAAUCCAAACUUGGUCAGGUCCGUUGGUCGACUCUGCUAGUGUGGGCAAUCCAAGGCGAAGGAAGCAUGCUGCAGGCGAUUCACGAGAUCCAUCAAAACCUCCAAGUGGAACAGUAAAAGAAAAAAGUAACAAUUCUCGAGUUAAAGGAAAGAAAAGCAUUAUUUAAACUUUCUGUGCAUACAUCAAGAAUGGUAGACUGCAUUGCCAACACAGUUUCAUAAGAAUCUCAUGACGCGGAGUAUAUGAAUUGAGCCUGGUUUCUGCUUCUAUACGAGAGUGAAAUUGCUUGGUUAAAUAGUGUAUUGAGGGGUGAAAUUAAUUUUUACAUAUUUUCUAUUUUACCCAUUUUGUUUCUUUUGUCCCAAAGAUACAAAAGCUUUCUGUUCUAUUUGUUGGGAUAGUGAAAGUUCUGCAGUUUUUAUGUACAUUUUGAUUUGUCUUAAAAAACCUUUUUGGCACAUUGUCAAAACUUAUACAA